GCGCGUGCGGCGCGCACUGACAUCAGAGAGCGAGGACGACGAGUUGGACAUAAUCGGGUCCAAACAGUCUACUUCCAAGAAGCAAUCAAAUGAUAGAUCUAAGGGUGUGUUUGAUUCCUCAGGUGAAGAUUCCCCGGCACAGACCCGGCGAGGAACUCUCGUAAGAGGUGCCAGGCCACCAUCUCCCGAAGAGGAGGAUCUCAUGGCGGAGCUUGAUGAGGAUAAGAUCAUCGAACCGCGCUUCCGUACUCGCAACAAGAAGUCGGCCUUCCAGAAAACCCUUGAGAGACUGAAACGACGAAAACUUGGCCAGUCAUCACGGUCUUCCUCUGAUGAUGACGAAAACGACGAUGACAACGACGAGAGCGGAGGAUUCGUCCGACCAUUCAAAGGUGCAAAACCGCAUCAGGAGGGCCAAUCCAGUGAAGACGAGUCUGAAGGCGGAGAUGAAGAGGAGGAGGAGGAAGAUACGGGAUUUGUUGUCGAAGAUGAUCCGAACCAAGCAGCUACGGCAUUGCCCGUCAUGUUCAGCAUGGAUACUCAUCAGGACCUCUCGCAUCACUUCAAGAUCAUAUGUCAGCUCUUCGUGCACCUUGCCGUGCAGCCCCCAAAGAAGCGCAAGGACUUCAUGGAGGCUGUCAAUACAUCCGAAGAAUACCAGUAUUUCCUCGUGCCCCUGCAAAUAGCCAGACGUAAGCUAUCCGGAAUGAAGGACUCCCUAGUCGCUUCGUCCGUGUGGCGCUCCGACUUUAAGAAACCGCUGGAAAGGUACUCCGAGAUCAGCAUAGUACCGUUAGAGUUCGCGGUUCCUCAUUGCGACGCUUGUCGUCUGGGAGCGCGGAUUUCUACUCUAUGCUGCAGAAUACACGGUGUCGCCUACAACAAGCAAACCUACGAACCACUAGGACCCAGUGCAUCAGGUUCGGAAUCGGAUGACAGCGACGACAGCGAUAUCGAAGAGGUUCCAGACGAGAACGUCGUCCGUGCAGAGUUCAAUCUAGGGCGCUUCUGUGCUCGUAGAACACGAGUGUUCCAUCAGUUCAACCACUGGGAGUUCGCACUUUACAAGGCCCUGGAGGCGGAGAUCAUCACCGCGAAAGACGGCCGCGAUCGCAACGGAUUCGUCACUGUGGCCUUCGCUGGUGGCCUCAAGCCUCCAGACGACCUGUCGGAUGCCGACGCGAUCAUGGACUGGCUCGACCAGCGGCACAUCAUCAGCAUGGAAUGGCAGAAACUCAAGCAAAUGAUGGACAGCGCGCGCAACCUGGAGAUCGCUGCUAAGAAAGGGGAUGAUAUGGAUUGAAUCGUUGAUUUGGCACGCGUGCCCCGAGUACUACUGUCCGCUACCUUCGAGUAUUAUG